AUGGAGAUACCGCAGAGGCAGCUCACGAGAGAAGAGAUAAACCGGUGCUACUUGCGAUGGCAACAACUGCGUAAUGAGCACGGUGAAAAUGUUUCGACCAUACCUGAGUUCAUAUACUUCACCAAAGUUCUUCGGGUUGCGGCCAAACAACAACAACAACAACAGCAACAACAACAACAGCAGCAGCAGCAGCAGCAGCAGCGGACAUUAGAACAAUCAAAUCAGAAUCCAAAUGUACCACUUAAUUCUAAUCCACAAGGUCAAGGGGUCUCUGAGGGACAGCCUAAUUCGCCACUGCAGGCGCCACCUGCACAUUGGGUACCUAACGCGCAUCAAGCAGAACAAGUACAACAGCAACAACAACAACAACAGCAGCAGCAGCUACCACAACAACAGCAACAGCAACAACAGCAACAACAGCAACAACAACAAGCUGUACACUCAACGUACUCCAACGGAACAAAUUCUGUCCCAAAUGAUGGCUCUGCACAAGGUCCUGUGGCUCAACCAUCGGGCCCUAAUGUACCGCCUUUAGGUCCGGUGUCUUCAAACUCGCCAAACCUUCCGGGAACGCCAGGACAAACACUCUUCACAACCGAACAAUCAGAGCUACUCAAGGCUCAAAUCACUUCUUUACGAUAUCUGCUGAGUAGACAGCCCGUGCCCAACGAAACCCAAGAAGUCAUACAGCAAUCUCUCAAUAAUCCCCCCAACUUCAAACAAAUGCUGCUGGAGCUCAGUGAGACCGUUAAGCAAAGGCAGACGACUCAACAGCAUGUCACAAGCUCAUCGAGGCCCAGUAGCUUGCUCAACUCCAAUCAUGCAACUCAACAGUCAAUACCACAUGUAAACCAGUCACCGGUUCAGCAUCAAUCUCCAGUUCAGGCGUCUCAGCAGUUUCCGGCUCAAGCUCCUGCACAAGCUCCAUUGCAAGCCCCAGCACAAGCUCCACUGCAAGCUCCAGCACAAGCUCCACUGCAAGCUCCAGCACAAGCUCCACUGCAAGCUCCAGCCCAAAUUCCAGCGCAGGUACCAGCACAGGCUCCAGUGCAAGUUCCUGUUCAAGCGUCGCCAAAGGUUCAUCAAGAACAAAUGCGGCAAUAUGGCUCAGAGACUCGUGAUUUUGAUGGGCGCUCACCAGCAACCGCAGCUAAAUCCUUUUCAUACAAUGGCGAUCUGAAUGCACCGCCUCCAAAAGCAGAAGAAGAGAUUACCAGCAUCACUAGCCGUAAAUCUGUUUCAGAUAAUGGUGAGAAUAACAUUGCCAAAGUCGAACAAGAAAAGGACAAUACGAUUAAGGUCCCAAUUGCGCUGGAGGAAUUCCGCAAACUCAACCCCGAAAUCGAGAAAAUUGUGAAUAUCAAUGCGUCGGACGUUGUGGACUGCUAUACACUUCCUCCACCAAUAGAUGAGCCCGUCCAUUACCACCAGCUCUUUCCCAGUAAAACACAUCCGAUGCUAACCUUGAAACCAGGGACUCUACCCCCUGGUAUUGAUGUCCACUGCGCAAUGGAGGUUUAUCAAACCCUGAUCGCUCUUGAUAUUGAUACGGCAGUGGACUCUUGUCUUUCAGAAUUAUUGAACGAUGAGAUUUCCGCAGCCUCGAAAGAAUCGGCAAAGAGUGACUACUAUUCGCUACAGUUAUUACCAUUUCAGAAGGCUGUCAGAGGCCAUGUUUUGCAGUUUGAAUGGUAUCAAAAGGCGCUUUUGACCAACACCCAUCCUAACUUCUUAUCAAAAAUAAGAAGGGUUAAUAUACAAGAUGCUUUGCUGACAGACGAACUGUACAAGAGACACGAGGUGUUACAAAGCCAGCGUCGUGAGCGUGAACACAUCACUAGACUGAAAAGCAUUGCAGACAGUUCCAUUGCGUGUUACACUAACAGACUAAGCCGUCGGACGCAGAGAGUCAAAUAUGGUCAUCGUUUAGUGUCGCUGCAUGCCAACAUCGAAAAGGAAGAGCAAAAACGUGUCGAAAGAAAUGCUAAGCAGCGUUUACAAGCCUUGAAGGCGAACGAUGAAGAAGCAUACAUCAAAUUGUUGGACCAAACUAAGGAUACCAGAAUUACCCAUUUGCUCAAACAAACCAAUGCAUUUUUAGAUUCCUUGACCAAGGCUGUUAAAGAUCAACAACAAUACACCAGGGAUAAGAUUGAUUCACAUGUCAACAUCGAGCAAGGUAUCGUUGACGAUACAAAUACUAUCACUUCUUCGCCCGACGUCCACGACGAAGACGAACGGCAGAAUAUUGAUUACUACAAUGUAGCACAUCGCAUAAAGGAGGAAGUCAAAGUCCAACCGUCAAUUCUUGUGGGAGGCACAUUGAAAGAAUAUCAAUUAAAAGGGCUACAAUGGAUGGUAUCGCUUUACAAUAACCACCUUAACGGAAUUCUUGCCGAUGAAAUGGGUCUAGGUAAGACGAUCCAGACAAUUUCACUUCUGACUUACCUUUAUGAAGUAAAAAAUGUACGUGGUCCCUCUUUGGUCAUUGUGCCACUUUCAACUCUUACAAACUGGGACUCAGAGUUUGGGAAAUGGGCCCCGGCUAUAAGAAUGGUAGCUUAUAAGGGUACCCCCAACGAGAGGAAAUCCAAACAGGGCAUCAUCCGUUCUGGUCAAUUCGAUGUCGUAUUGACUACUUUCGAAUACAUUAUCAAGGAGAGAAGUUUACUCUCAAAAAUCAAAUGGAUACACAUGAUUAUCGAUGAAGGACAUCGUAUGAAAAAUGCGCAGUCGAAAUUAUCUUUGACUUUGAAUAAUUACUAUCACACAGAUUAUCGUCUAAUUUUGACCGGAACACCUUUGCAGAACAAUUUGCCGGAACUUUGGGCCCUGUUGAACUUCGUUUUGCCCAAAAUUUUCAACUCUGUGAAGUCGUUUGACGAAUGGUUUAACACGCCAUUUGCAAACACCGGUGGUCAGGAUAAAAUAGCGCUCAGCGAAGAAGAAACUCUUUUAGUUAUUCGAAGACUGCAUAAGGUGUUGCGUCCCUUCUUGCUGCGAAGAUUAAAGAAAGAUGUGGAGAAGGAGCUUCCCGACAAAGUCGAAAAAGUUCUCAAAUGUAAGAUGAGCGGGUUGCAACAAAAAUUGUACGAAUUGAUGCUGAAACACCGUCGUUUGUUUGCGGGUGAUAUCACAGGCAACAACAAAAACGUUACUUUACGCGGUUUUAAUAACCAAAUCAUGCAGCUGAAAAAGAUUUGCAAUCACCCGUUUGUGUUCGAAGAGGUUGAGGAUCAAAUUAAUCCUACAAGAGAAACGAACGCCAAUAUAUGGCGUGUUGCUGGGAAGUUCGAGUUACUAGAAAGGAUUUUGCCAAAGUUCAAAGCGACAAAUCACCGUAUUUUGAUUUUCUUUCAAAUGACUCAGAUCAUGGAUAUAAUGGAAGAUUUUCUCAGGUUGCUGGGUUUGAAAUAUUUACGUUUGGAUGGCCAUACCAAGUCUGAUGAUCGUAGUAUGCUUUUGCGACUCUUCAAUGAGCCCAACUCCGAGUAUUUCUGUUUCCUCUUAUCCACCAGAGCUGGUGGGCUCGGAUUGAAUUUGCAAACUGCCGACACGGUUAUCAUUUUUGAUACUGAUUGGAACCCACAUCAAGAUUUACAGGCGCAAGACAGGGCACACAGAAUUGGACAAAAGAACGAGGUAAGAAUUCUAAGAUUGAUUACAGAGAACUCGGUUGAGGAAGUAAUUUUGGAUCGUGCUCACAAAAAGCUAGAUAUUGACGGAAAAGUUAUUCAGGCCGGUAAGUUUGACAACAAGUCCACGGCAGAGGAACAAGAGGCUUUACUAAGAUCCUUACUCGAAGCCGAAGAAAGCUUGAAGAAAAAGCGUGAGCUAGGACUUGAAGAGGACGAACAGAUUGACGACAAUGAACUGAAUGAGAUUUUAGCAAGAAACGAGGAAGAGCUCAAAGUUUUUGCAGACAUUGACGAAGAGCGCAGUCGCAAACAUCUCGAAAAUGGAAUAACGACUACUCUGAUGGAAACAGCUGAACUGCCCAACAUCUACCAUCAGGAUAUUGAGGCUGAGCUGAAGAAGGAAGACGAGGAUGAAGUGCUGGCAGGCGGUAGAGGCUCUCGAGAAAGAAAAACAGCACUGUACGAUGAUGAGGUCAGUGAGGAGCAAUGGCUCAAACAAUUUGAAGUCAGUGAUCAUGAGGAUGAGGAUAUCAAUGAAUUGAGCGUCGAUAGAAAACGAAGUGCCAGCGAAGUUUCCACUCAAAACAAAAAAGUCAAACUAGAAACAGAAGAACCUGAAAAUGUGGAUGAAAGCCAAUCAGUGGAACCAGCGGGUGAUAAAGGCGCAUCAGCAAUAUUACCUUCAACCGGACAGAAGUCAAUAAAAUCGAAUCUCGAGGUUAAAGCUAAGCCGCGCGGUAGGGGCCGCCCACCACGAUCGAUGGAUAAAAAAACGGGAAACACGUACGUUAGGGACAAAUCUGUUUUGACUCAAUCUGAGGAAGAAAGAACUCGCGUUGCUCAAGAAGCACGAAAGCUGUUUGACUAUGCUAUAAAAUACGAGGACGAAGACGAGAGACGAUUAGCAGACAUUUUCCUGGUGAAACCCUCCAAGAAACUGUACCCAGACUAUUACAAGUUGAUAAGGUACCCUGUUGCAUUCGAGAAUGUCAUGAGUCAUAUCGAAUCCAAAUCAUACGGGUCACUGAAAGGUGCUUUGGAAGAUUUUCAUUUGAUUUUUGCCAAUGCAAGAAUAUACAACACUGAGGAAUCGUUGGUUUACCUCGACUCUUUGGAGUUGGAGAAGGCCAUAAUUGAAAAAUACAAGGAAAUGACAGGUAACACUGAGGAUGUGGACUUUACCGAAUUUGAUGAAAAGUUCGCCACCCGACCAUUGAAGACUCAGGUACCUUCUGGUUAA